AUGUUUCGCCUCAUCCAUUUAGCUCAGACCGCACUGGCGUUUUCCAUCCAUUCCAAAUCGCUGUACAAGGUGAUGAUAUUCGUAGGAGGGCAGAACAUCUGUUCCUACCCGCGGGGAGGACACGAGGACGCGGAUGAGAUUCAAGACUACUUCGUUACACCCAGUCCCUCCUUAGAGAUACACGGCGUUUUUGUCAAGAAGGGAUUAGUUCGGCAGCUAGUUGCGCUAGAGUCCGAAAGGUCGGGAUAUUCGAUUGAGCACCAGAUGACAGGUCAAGAUCAGCAUUUGAAAAUUCGAAUGGAAUUCUUUCCUGAAAGACGUCGUCUCGAAGGCCAAUUUUACUUCACUAUCGUCACGAAGAAGUCGGUUUUUGCGGUUUACAUGAAUGACGGUGAUGCUACAAUUCAUGAUAUCAAGGAUCGCAUUUAUGAUACAAAAAAAAUACCACAGGACCAACAGCGGUUUAUUUACCGUGGAAAACAGCUUGAGGAUGGGAGAAAUUGGUCAGAGUAUUCACUCCAACGAGGAAGCAUAGUCUUACUAGUCCUUCGGUUGGCAGGCGGCGGCGGCGGCACUAUUCAUGAUUUGAUCGAGGAACAGGAUACAGUCGACGACAAGAUAACACUUGAGCCCACGACGGCUAUUGCUCCGGGGGGAUUUAUUUCCCAUGAAAUCAUUCAGGACCCGACCUCCGGAGAAUGGUACGAUGAACCAGCUUAUACAGUGAACCUGCAAGUGGUGAAUUACGAACAGUUCACAAACAUUACGGGCUUAUCCCCCAAGACUCCAUCUCCCGAUGAAGUAGCUAAAAUAUCACUGGAGAAGUGUAUAAAUAAAGAGUUGGAGAAUCUGGCGGGCGAAGAAAUCCAUCUUCAAGGCAUAGGAGAGAUGUACGAGCAAACUGGGAUUGACAUCACUGGGCCGUACAAUGUAAAUAGAGCAAGAGAGGAUCGUGCUCCAGUGAGACUAUGUAUUACUGUAUUUGCCGACAUACGUGAUUAUAGAGUAACAUCCAUCGAUACAAAGGACAAUGUCUCAGUUAUGGGUCACAGAUCAGGCGUCCUGUCAAUCCUACAAUUUGAUUUGUAUUUUCUCUAA